GUCAUAGGCAGAAGCAAUUUGUGCUCCGAACCAAGAGAACCUCAAAACUCAAACUUAAGAUGCGUGCCUUCAUCGUAAUGUGCCUGGUGGCAGUCGCCUGCGCCGAUAAGCUCGGCUACAACUACCAGCCCGUGGGCCACUCCAGCUCCGGACUGUCCUUUGCUCCUGGCAGUGGAUCUAUCAGUGGUGGAUCCAUUGGAGGAGGCUCCAUUGGAGGAGGCUCCAUUGGAGGAGGCUUCAUUGGAGGUGGCUCUAUCGGAGGAGGCAGCAUCGGAGGUGGUUCCCUUGGUGGUUCCAUCGGUGGUGGCUCCAUUGACUCCGGUCUUGGCGGUCUUGGAGGACUCGGUGGUCUGGGAGGUGGCGACGCUCUGGCUGCUCCAGUCUCCUACAACGCCCCCGCUCCCUCUGCUGAACUCGAGAAGGAGUUCUUCACCUUCACCGCCAACGAGCAGGACUUCGAUGAGCCCCAAGAGCUGGAGCGCGUUGCUGGAUCCGUGAACAAGGGACUGCGCGUUGUAUUCAUCAAGGGACCCGAGAACCGUGGUCUGGAGAACGCUGCCCUCGCCCUCGCCAAGCAGGCUGCCCAGCAGGAGACCGCCAUCUAUGUCCUGAACAAGCAGGCCGACAUUGGAGAUCUGGCCAGCAAGUUGAACGCCAUCCGCAACAACAACAACAACAAGCCCGAGGUGCACUUCGUCAAGUACCGCACUCCCGAGGAUGCUGCCAACGCCCAGCGCGCCAUCCAGUCGCAGUACGAUCAGCUGGGAGGAUCCAGCCAGGCCCACAACGGUGGUGUUGCCUCCGCCCUGAACUUCGCCUCUGCUGGUCCCGUCCAGAAGGCCAAUGCUCAGAUCCCUGAGAACUCGUACUUGCCCACUUCCAUCUUCCGUCGUCGUUUCCAGAGACACAAGCAACUCAUACCUCAAAGCAAAAGAACCAACAAUCAGCUCAAGAUGCGCGCAUUCAUCGUCCUGUGUUUGGUGGCAGUCACCUGCGCCGAUAAGCUCGGCUACAACUACCAGCCCGUGGGCCACUCCAGCUCCGGCCUGUCCUUUGCUCCAGGCAGUGGCUCCAUCAGUGGUGGAUCCAUUGGAGGAGGCUCAAUUGGAGGAGGCUCAAUUGGAGGUGGCUCUAUCGGAGGUGGAAGCAUCGGAGGUGGUUCCCUUGGUGGUGCCAUCGGUGGUGGCUCCAUUGACUCCGGUCUGGGCGGUCUUGGAGGACUCGGUGGUCUGGGAGGUGGCGACGCUCUGGCUGCUCCAGUCUCCUACAACGCCCCCGCUCCCUCUGCUGAACUCGAGAAGGAGUUCUUCACCUUCACCGCCAACGAGCAGGACUUCGAUGAGCCCCAAGAGCUGGAGCGCGUUGCUGGAUCCGUGAACAAGGGACUGCGCGUUGUCUUCAUCAAGGGACCCGAGAACCGUGGUUUGGAGAACGCUGCUCUGGCUCUGGCCAAGCAGGCUGCCCAGCAGGAGACCGCCAUCUAUGUCCUGAACAAGCAGGCCGACAUUGGAGAUCUGGCCAGCAAGUUGAACGCCAUCCGCAACAACAACAACAACAAGCCCGAGGUGCACUUCGUCAAGUACAGGACUCCCGAGGAUGCUGCCAACGCCCAGCGCGCCAUCCAGGGUCAGUACGACCAGCUGGGAGGAUCCUCUCAGACCCAUGAUGGUGGUGUGGCCCCCGCCCUGAACUUCGCCUCCGCUGGUCCCGUCCAGAAGGCCAAUGCUCAGAUCCCUGAGAACGCCUACCUGCCAACUUCGGUGUUCCGUCGUCUGCGUUUUUAAGAAGGCUACGCCAUGGAGUCCAUUAACUUAAGCAAAUCUCGACUGAAGAACUCAUUCUUCCUGUUACACGUUGUUGACUAAUGCAUAAUUACACCAAUAAAUUUGAAAUUUAAA